UUUGCUCCUCCGGCUCCGACCAAGCGCGCUCAUGGAGAACACGCACGCUCGAUCGGCUUCCAUGUCCGUCUCCGUCACAAGGAUGGCCGCGUACGCGGACCCCGCCCCGGGCGUCCCUCUCCGCCGCGCGCUCCUCUACGCCGUCCUCCUCCUCGGCUCCAACCUGGCCACGUUUCUCUUCGCCUCCUCUUCCUGCGCGCCGCCUCCGUCGCCCGUCACCGCCGCGCCGGCGACGGGUCCAAGGACCGUCCCUAUACCGGAGCAUGUGGAGCUCCCUCCGGAGUUCCACGCGUUCGCGGGGCCGCACGCGCUGCCGUACGGGCGCAACCCCAACUGGGGCACAGCCGAGCUGCGGCCGCCGGCGGGCCACCCGUGCCUGGCCUUCCCGGACCUGCUGGCGGCCUUCAUGUCGUAUCGAGUCAAUGGCUCCUGCCCCGACGACGAGCUCCCGGCGCAGCGGCUCCUCCUCCGCGGCUGCGAGCCCCUGCCGCGCCGGCGCUGCCGCCCCGCCGCGCCGCCCGACCCGGCGCCACCGCUGCCGUACCCCGACGCGCUCUGGUCCACCCCGCCCGACCGCUCCGUCCACUGGUCCGCCUACAAGUGCAAGUCCUUCCGCUGCCUUAUCGACCGCGCGCGCUCCCCGCACUUCGACGACUGCAAGGACUGCUUCGACCUCGCCGGCCGGGAGCACCACCGCUGGCUCAACGCCACCACCGGCGGCGACGGCAAGAAGAAGAAGAGUAUCCCGCUCGAGUUCUCCAUCGACGAGGUGCUCGCGUCGGCGUCCCCGCCGGGGUCCGUCCGGAUCGGGCUCGACAUCGGCGGCGGGUCCGGCACCUUCGCGGUGCGCAUGCGGGAGCGCGGCGUCACCGUGGUGGCCACCACCGUCAACCUCAACGGGCCCUUCAGCGCCGUCGCGGCGGCGCGCGGGGUCGUGCCGCUCUACGUGAGCGUCGCGGCGCGGCUGCCCUUCUUCGACAACACGCUGGACGUGGUGCACUCCAUGCACGUGCUCAGCGGCUGGAUGCCGCCCGCCGCGCUGCAGUUCGCGCUCUUCGACGUGUACCGGGUGCUCCGGCCCGGCGGGCUCUUCUGGCUCGACCACUUCUUCUGCGGGGAGGCGGAGAUGGCGGCGUACGUGGAGGUGGUGGAGAGCGUCGGGUUCGGCAAGCUGAGGUGGGUGACGAGAAGGAAGCUCGAUAGGGGGGCGGAGAGGAAGGAGAUGUACCUCUCGGCGUUGCUGGAGAAGCCGCUCAAGAACUCGUGGCGACAUCCAUCUGAAGAGGAAGUGACUCUUGACCAGGAGGAUGGGGAAGGAUGAUAACGCCACUGUGAAAGUGUGAAUCUGUGCUAUGAGCUAAGGCGGCUUUGCUUGUUUUGGUUUGUUCGUCCAAGUGCCUUAGGUUAACUUUUUUAAGGUCAGUUUAUCGUUGUCCAAGUGUUCUAAUUAUGACUUUUGAUGUCAUCUAGGAAAAAUCUUGGAGCAAGCUCAUGUGAAAAUGCAGGAAUUAAUCAGCAACAGUGUACACCAAUUAUAUACAUUGACAACUCAUUAGUUU